AGGUUUCCACACGGUUUUGUUUUUCGUCUUCUUCGCUGUGGAUGCUUUGCUUUGGAAUGCAACUAAAAAAAGGCGUUACCUAUCUCUCAUCAGUGAUAUGGUUUAAUGUACUUGCAUAUUUAAGUUUGAGUAGCGACAUGUUUUUAUGUACUUACAUAUGCAUUUUUACUAGCAGCAGGAGUUUGCUGGAACACUAGUGAGUAAGGAAGCGUCACGCUUGCGUCCAAAAAAAAAAAGAGAUGUCUGGUGGGGUAUAAAUUGUUCAAACUUGUGUCAGAACGUCUGCACCGACUGCAGAUGGUGCGGAAACCAGCCAGGACUUCACUAAAGCUGACAACACUCAAACAGAAGGACUGAAAAUCUACUGGUCUCAUAUUCACUGCAUACACAAACUCUGGUCGAACCAGCUCAGUUGUUAGAUCCUGUAAUCUGACUAAUCCAACAGAGUUUGUUUGGAAUUGACUUACUGAAAUCAACUAAUACAUCAUGGCUCAUGAACAGGACUACCACACUCUAAUGUCUGGACUGCAAGAGCUUAAUUUUGAAGGGAAUCCAGUCCCCUGUAAUCUAAUACUAAUAGGUGAACAUUCCUUUCCCCUUUUCAUUAAUCCAUGUGGUCAGGUACUGAUGGCUGCAUCUCAUUAUGGUCAGGGACGUGUGGUGGUGUUGGGACAUGAAAAUUACUUAAGACGCUUUCCUGGCCUGAUAAUGAAUGCCUUGACAUGGCUCAGGCCAGAUACCCGAGAUGCCGGGGUUGUAGGGAUUCAGAGUCGUUUACAUGCAGUAGCUGAAAACUUGAACCACUGCAAUAUCAAGACAGAGCUAGGAGACUUUCGGAAUGACUUAUCUGUAUAUAUCACAGAUUCUUACAGUGUUGAGACAUGUGCAAAGGAUCUGAUAGCUUUUCUCAAAGCUGGGGGUGGUUUAAUCAUUGCUGGACAAGCCUGGCACUGGUCUUAUGGACACCCACAAGAAAACAUUUUGAGGAACUUUCCAGGUAACAAGGUCUGCAGUGUUGCAGGGAUUUACUUUACAGAGCAGACCGGAGAAGUCGGCACCUUUCCUGUUCCUGGAAAUAUCCCUUCUAGUUGGCGAGCUUGGUCAAAACCCAAUAACUUUAAAAAGGAUCUAGAGUUCUUGCUGGAAGAUGUGUCCGAGUUUGACACUCGAGGUGAUGCUGUAGCAUAUGAGGUGUUGGUGCACGGACCAUUGGCAUUUCCCAUCGCUCUCACUCCAGAUGGAAAACCAUUCGUUGCCGGUGCCUAUUAUGGGCUAGGUCGAGUAAUUCUGGUAUCCCAUGAAUGCUACCUGAGCAAGAAAACUAUGUCCACUUUCAUGAUCAAUGCUGUCAAGUGGCUUGAUGAGGGUCGCCAGGGUGUUGUUGGGAUCUUACCAAGGCUUAAAGCAGCCCAUGAGGUGCUGGCCAAAUCUGGCUUAGAUUGUAAGCUGACUGAUUUCAGAGAUGACCUUAGCGUCUACGUCUGCACUUCCUACAGUGAUGCCCACUGUGCAGAGAUCCAAGAAUUUGUUGCAGAAGGAGGAGGACUUCUGAUUGGUGGUCAUGCUUGGAAUUGGGCCCAGACCCACCGAGGAUGCAAUGUGAUGACUGACAACCCAGGAAACCGCAUUCUUAACAAGAUGGGAUUGAGCCUAUUGGGAAAUACCUUGAGUGGAGGUUUAUAUAAAGCUCCAGAAGUAGAGCAUAGUAGUGAAGAGGGGUAUUACUUUUGGAGAAUGCUGCAGCGAUUUGCUGAACAUGUCAAAUUAGGACAAAAACUGACUGAUCAAGAACAGGACUACCUGAAGCAGCUGGGCAACGAUUGUGCCAGUUACCUUCGCAUGCGCUGUUAUGAUAGUGCCGCUUACACUUCAGUGUUAGCUCUUCUUACUGACAUAGUGAAGAUGCCAGGUUUUCCACAAGUGAGUAGUACCUGUCCUGUGGAAAGUCCCAAAGACCGCAUGAUGCUCCACAUUGGUAAGGAGGUCUACAAAGUGACACCUGAUCCUGAUGCCCUUCUUCCAUACAUCAUCAAGGACAGACCCAAUUUGCCCACUGUGUCUAAUGCAAGAGUUCGGAUCACUGCCAACACUGCAGAUUCAGAAGAAUGGAUCAGCACUGGCUUAUAUCUUUGUCCUGGUAUGAAGACAUACAUCACAAUACCUCAAGAGAUCAUUGGAACUAAUUGGCAGGUACAGCUUGGUUGUCAGACAAAUAACAUUGGUGGAUCAAACGUCCUCAAGCGAGCUCCUGUGGUCCAUGAGCGAUUCCCCUUGGACUCAGAAAAGGUCCAGGUCUGUAAUCUGUGGGGAGGACUCAUCUACUUCGUAGCACCUCCUGAAAGCAAAGUUGAUGGGGUGGAAAUUGUUGUGCAGACCGCAGUACAGGCUCCAUACUUCAAGUCUGGAGAGACCAGUGUAGCUGACUGGGUGGGCAAGAUUCGUCAGAGACCUGCUCCCUGGGCAGAACUUGAGUUUGAAAACCUCGUCAUGACCUUGCCCUCAGAUUUCAUUCGGAAUCUGGAGCGCCCUGAUCAGGUGGCUAAACUUUGGGAUGCCAUAAUGAGAAGCGUAAGUGACUUGGCAGCAACUCCAGCCAAAUUCCCCCGCAAGGAGCGAUUUGUAGGAGAUGUUCAGAUCUCUGCUGGUUUCAUGCAUUCUGGAUAUCCCAUAAUGAUGCUCUCCAGUUCUGCUUCAGAAUUACUAAAUGUGAAGGAAGCCCAUAAACAUGAUUUCUGGGGACCACUUCACAAGUUGGGCCAUAACCAGCAGCGUAAGGUUUGGGAGUUUCCUCCACACACCACUGAGUGCACCUGCAACCUGUGGUCAGUGUACGUCCAUGAGAAAGUGCUGGGUGUGAAUAAGGCUAAAGCUCAUCCAUGCAUGACUCUACAAAGCCGGCAGGAACGCAUCAAGGAGUAUUUCAGUGGUGGUAAAGAUUUUGAAAACUGGAAUACUUGGACAGCACUCGAGACUUACAUGCAGCUUCAGGAGAAAUUCGGCUGGGAUGCCUUUAAGAAAGUAUUUUCUCUCUACCAUGAUAUGAAAGAUGUCCCAAAUGACAACGCAGGCAAGAUGAAUCUAUAUGCCAAGACCUUCUCCAAGGUGGUCAACCACAACUUGUCUCCAUUCUUCAAAGUGUGGGGUUGGCCCAUCCAGCCCAACACAGAACAGGAGCUGUCCCAUCUGCCAGCAUGGAGAGACCAUCCUGUUAGCCAGUAUGCUUAAGAACAUGUUGGAUAGCAAUGAAUUAUGCACAGUUUUGAAUAUGGAGUUUAAAAAAACAUUACCAUAAUCAUGUUUUACUUUUCAUUUGAUUAGUGCAUAGAUGAUAUAUAUCAGUGUGAGGUGCUUGCAUGUUAUUUAAAGCACUUAUUAAUCAAAUGCAGCUGUAUAGUUAGUGGGCUAAAGAUAAAUGUAACCAGAAAAUAGGCAUUUUUGAAUGUAAGAAAUAAUUCUCAACUCAAUAAAUAAAUCACAAUAAUUAA